UUGUACUAUGUUUAUCUGACAGCUUUAGUUAUUUUCCAGCUUUAUAUUUUGUAUUAAUAAUCUGAAUCAGCUAAUAAAUUAUGAUACAUUAUUGUAGAUUAAGCUGCCCAGCAGUUAAGUAUUUAGAAUGUGCCGCACCAUAACCAGCUGUAAUAUUGUGAUGUAUACAGUAAUACAGCAUUAAUUAUAAUUCAAUAAAAUAAUAUAUAAUAUUCUGACAUGGGUCAUUCUGCAUAAUAAAUACUUUUAAUUUUGAUAUUUUAAGUAUAUUUAGAUUUAGGAUAAUAGUUUUGUACUUUUACUCAAGUAAGAUUUUGAAUGCAGGAUUUUUACUUGAACAGAGUAUUUUUACACUGUGGUAUUACUAAUGUGUAAUUGGAUACGUAGCAUUUGUUCAGAUUGAGAAGGAUUUUUGAAACAGGUGAUGAAGAGGUGAUAUUACUUCCUUAUACCCGUUAUAGAGAAUUAGAGAAGUCCUCCAACUUUGUGAAAAAGAACAAUGAAAAAGACUCUCUUCUCUCUGUCCUUUAUUUUGUCUGUUUCUACAGUCGGAACACAAAAGCAUUGAGUAUUUUUAACUCUUCAAAGUGGUUUUUAAAUCUGUUGAGGCGAUAUCUGUAUCUGAUGCUCUACAGAAAUUUGACUCAGGUCACAUGAUUUGCAUCGCGCUGUCGUGUGUAUAAUAUGACCACAGGCUUUCACUUCUGCAAACAUGGAUCAAGUUUCACGUCACUGCAGAACCUUUUUUUAAAUCUUCACUUUCCCCACCUGGACCAAAGUCUGCUUCAUCUGGCUCCCGAUGUGAAUGUUAAGAUACAGGCUAUACCCGUCAUGGCUAUGUUGAACAAUCUCCUCAUCCUUUGUCAGCUUCUUCCAUUAGUGAGCACCAUAAAUACCGUCUUCUUCCCAUGUGACACUGAUGUGAAUACCACCACAGUAGACUGCCACGACAGACCACUCAGGCGUGUCCCCUUCAUCAAGUCUACCACUGUAGUGUCGCUCAAUUUAGGUCGGACCAGAAUACGGCAAGUGGGGCAGCAUGCUUUGUCAGGUGUCCCAAACCUUCACACUCUGAAAAUAAUGGGGAAUUGUCAGCCGGGUCGCCUGAGAGCUGAGGAGGACCACUCUUGCAAAAUGGUGAUCCACUAUUAUGCAUUCAAGAGCCUGUUGAAGCUUCAAUUUUUGAAUCUGUCGGGAAACAGCCUCACCUCUAUUCCCUGGUUACCUGAAAGCCUGAGGGUUCUUGACCUACAGAAAAAUCGCAUCUUCAACAUUGUCCACCCUUUAUACACUCCACAUCUCCGAGAGCUCUUCCUCAACAAGAACUGCUUCUAUGCAAACCCUUGCAACCAGUCCUUUACCAUCAGCGAGAGGGUUUUCAGAGAGCUCCCUGAACUCAUAAACCUUACCUUAGGGUAUAAUAACUUCACAGCUAUCCCUAAAGGGUUGCCACCCUCACUGGUGGGUCUGGAUUUAAGAGAGAAUACGAUCACAGAGGUCUUAGAAGGAGCAUUUGCCAACCUGACUAACCUCAAGUAUUUGAACUUGGAGUGGAAUUGCCAGCGUUGUGACCAUGCAGCCAGGCCCUGCUUUCCUUGCCCACAAAAUCUCCCUCUACGCCUACAUCCAAACUCACUCUAUGCUGAGAACAGCUCCAUCACCUUCAUAAGCUUGAGAGGAAACUCUCUGAAAACAUUCCCAGAGGGUCUUUUUCAACCUUUGAAGAAGUUAAAGGGAUUGGAUCUCUCCGACAACCUUCUGGCGUAUGCGAUACGUAACGGCACCUUCUUUUCAGAGCUGAAGGGCCUCACUUGGAUUAGCCUUAUCUAUAACUAUGAACCACUGAAGACAUUUCCGGAACUGCGCCUCUCCCCGCAUAUUGGCAAUAUGUCUGGUCUACAAGGUCUUCUUCUGAGUGGUAACUUUUUCCACACGCUUUCAGGAGAGAGCCUUAAGGUUGUGUCCAAACUUCAAAACCUAACGAAACUAGAACUAAGAAUGAACUUCAUCAAUACUUGUAACUUGACGUCUCUGAAACAGUCACCAUCUCUCAUCAAUAUCGACCUCUCCCAAAACAUGCUUAAUUUCCUUCCGUACUGCUCGAGUCCGUCUGAGAUUGCGGCACAGGAAAGCUGUCGGAGCCAGAACUCGUUUACACAUAAUUUUCCUGACCCACCCCUUAUGCUAAUAGACCGAGAAGCCACAUCUGGAGGUGAUACCUGGGAAUCCAACCAGUCAAACAGGCUGGAUUUGUUGGAGGACAAUGAGUCACAAUUCAAAUCGCUAUACGACUUUAAAAUCAUUUUCUGCAAGGGCAAACUGACGUUUGACCUGUCUCAAAAUGACAUCCUGUCUAUUAACAAAAAGGUGUUUGUAGGCAUGGAAGAUGCUGUUUGUUUAGACCUUUCCUUCAAUUACAUGAGUCAGGCAUUAAAGGGCGGGCUGUUUAGUAGCAUGAAAAAAAUAGUUUUUCUUAAUUUGUCAUUCAAUAGACUGGAUUUUUACUAUAACGGAGCUCUCAGUGAGCUUAAAAGCACUCUGAGGGUUCUAGACGUUAGUAACAAUGAAUUUCACUUCAAAAUGAGGGGCAUGGGCCAUCGUUUUGAGUUCCUUCAAAAUCUGACAAACUUGGAGGUUCUGAGUCUGGCGAACAACGGCAUUGGGAUGCGAAUAGAUCAGAGGCUGAUCAGCAGUUCUUUGAAGUACCUCUACUUCUAUGGAAAUCACCUGGACAUCAUGUGGGACUCUGACAACAACAAGUACACGCAUUUCUUCCAAAACCUGACAAACCUCACCUACCUUGACAUCUCCAACAAUGAUCUGAAAGCAAUCACACCAGAAGUGCUGUGUAACCUCCCAGGAAGCAUGGAGACUCUCCGCAUCAGCAACAAUUUUCUGAAAUAUUUCCCAUGGCAAAACGUCUCGGCAUUUAGCAAUUUAUGUCACCUGAACCUCAGUCAAAACUUCCUCUAUUAUUUGCCUUAUAAAGUCAUAGAAUUUGGAGCAAAAUUUACUCUCUUGGACCUCAGUCACAAUCGCCUUAGUAUCAUCCCUAAGAAUUUCUUCAGUAUGGCGAAAUCCUUGCACUACCUGUAUCUCAACCACAAUCAGAUCAAAGCGUUGAACCAUCAGUUUCUCCCUGCCCCCUUUAAAAAUGGAAGCGCCCUUCAGAAACUCACCCUGCAUGCAAACCCCUUUAAAUGCGACUGUGAUACGUCAUGGUUCGCGGACUUCUUGCGUCACACUCCAGUGCAGAUCCCUUACCUCACCACACAUAUACACUGUGAUUACCCAGAGUCCCAACAGGGCCGGAGUAUACUGUCUAUGGACCAGCGUUCCUGCCAGGACAUAUAUGGUGGCUUAGCCUUCGUCGUCUGUUGCUUCUUGGCUGUGACGUUCACUGUUCUGCCCCUACUGAAGCAUCUCUAUGGCUGGGAUCUGUGGUAUUGCUUACAGGUACUUUGGGCAGGACAUAAGGGCUACUCCCAGCUCGCCGGUAUUGAUUCACAUUAUCAAUACGAUGCUUUUGUGGUGUUUGACACCAGCAACCAGGCUGUGAGGGAUUGGGUCUACAAUGAGUUAACCGUCAAUCUGGAGAACUCGGGUCACCGGAUGUUUUGUCUCUGUUUGGAGGAGAGGGACUGGAUUCCUGGGCUUUCCUGUAUUGAAAAUCUACAUAAUGCUGUCUACAACAGUGUGAAGACGGUGUUUGUUUUGUCCAAUGGUGCCACUGGCGGUGAGACGGUGAACGGUGUGAUCCGCCAGGCUUUCUUCAUGGUUCAGCAGCGGCUUCUGGACGAGAAGGUGGAUGCAGCUAUGAUGGUUCUGUUGGAUGAGAUGUUUCCCAAACUGAAGUACCUCCAGCUGAGGAAACGGUUGUGCAGAAAGUCCGUGUUGUCCUGGCCGAGAAACCCAAGAGCUCAACCCCUUUUCUGGAACCGAAUGAGAAUGGCAUUGUCGUCAGAUAACCUCAAAUUCUAUGACAACAACAUGAGUGAAAGUUUUAUAUGACUUCCUUUUAACUGCUGAUAGAGAGCAGUUGUAGCCCUUGUCGUUAAGAAUCUUCCCAUUACAUCAUUUUGACAAACUUACCCUCUCCUUAAUUGUGUCACAUAACGUAAUGAUACUUGGUUGAUGUUUUUAAUAGCCUAUGUAACUAUCAUUUUUUAGAUUAAAGGUUCUAUAUAUACGGGAUUCAGAGCAUUACUAUAGCAGCAAAUAGCUAUUGUCUAUGUAAAGAUAUAGAGGAGUAAUGUCUACCUGAGCAGAGAAUGAAGUCGCUCUCCCUCUGUAUGUGUUGUAAUCUGAGCUUCUCUGUGCUUUGUUUACAUAGCCGGCCAGUCGUGCUUUUAGUACAUGUGAGCCUCACUGUUGUGCCUCACUGGCUAGCUAAUGGCCGCCGUUCUGCACUGCGUCAUACGGCGGUUACCGCUGAUAAUGGUGUACCGACCCACGUCGUCGUCGCAGAAGCGUAUAGCGCCCACCCUCCAGUCCCCUCCUCAGGUAAACACUGUUAGCUCUGUCAGCACUGUUGCCACUGUUUGUACUGUUCAUGCUGUUGGCACCGUUAGCUGCUAGCCACCAUGUUGAGAGCCAUGUGGAGGUAAUAGAAAUGCUCUGAAUUCCGUAUUUAGCACCUUUAAAAUGUAAGCGCUCUUCCAUGUGCUGUAAAUAUUUUACUAAUGAUCUUAUACUGCACUAGAACGGUUACUCUUGUGUGUUAUAUUCUAUUUUAGCUUCUAUCCUAGCUUUUAUUUUUAGCUUGUUUUUAUUUUCUAAUCUUUAAUGUUUUUGUUUUUAUAACUUCUU